CACAUUAACGCAGGCAACAGUUUAACGUGGAAAUUAUUGCGAAUUUGUUGUGUGUUUUUCUGCGAUCGCAAUAACGCAGCAAAUCGCGUGCAACAGCAAUAUUGCAACAUUGCUUUGCUUAUUUUUUUUGUGAUUUUUUUUUGGGGGAGUACCAUGAUAUUUUUUUUCAUAUCUAGUCGUAGUUUUAAAUAGAAGCAAUUAAAAAUGCCGCAACGCUCGCCAUUUGCCAUUCAAGAGCUGCUGGGCCUGGCGGUAACGGCAGCAACAACAGCAACAGAAGCGCCAACCGAUUUGACGACGACAACAACAACGGUUGCCAGUGCAAUAUUGGCAAAAGAGCGCCAAACGGGAUCAGUAACAUCAGCAGGAACAACAGGAACAGCAGCAACAACAACAGGAGCAACAGCAACAACAACAGGAGCAAUAGCAACAACAACAGAGCAACAGCAACAACAGCAGCAACAGCAACACCCAGCGCAGCAGCAACAUCAUUCACCCCACCAACAGCACCACCAUUACAGGGAGCACCACCAAAUGACCAUGGCCUCGCGAAUGGCCUACUUCAAUGCCCAUGCGGCGGUUGCAGCUGCGUUUAUGCCCCACCAACUGGCCGCAGCGGUGCACCACCAUCAUCAACAUCAGCACCUGCCCCACCACCACCACCAUCAAGCGCACCACCCACCGCCACCGCCGCCGACGAUGCAGCACCACCACCACCCGCACCACCCGCUGCUCCAUGCGCAGGGAUUCCCGCAGAUGAAAAGUUAUGCCGCAGGAGCCGCCACAUGUUUACCCGGUUCCCUGGCGCCCAAGGACUUUGUGAUGGAAAGCUUGAAUGGCUUUGGCGUGGGUCCGAAUAGCAAGAAGAAGAAAAAGAAGCGACGGCACAGCCGCACCAUAUUCACCAGCUAUCAACUGGAGAAACUGGAGGAGGCCUUCAAGGAAGCCCAUUAUCCCGAUGUCUAUGCCCGCGAAAUGCUAUCGCUGAAGACCGAACUGCCCGAGGAUCGUAUACAGGUCUGGUUCCAAAAUCGUCGGGCCAAGUGGCGCAAGACCGAGAAGGUCUGGGGUGGCAGCACGAUAAUGGCGGAGUACGGACUCUAUGGGGCCAUGGUGCGGCACUCGCUGCCCCUGCCGGACACCAUCCUCAAAUCGGCCAAGGACAACGACGCGGUGGCUCCCUGGCUACUAGGCAUGCACCGCAAAUCGAUAGAAGCGCAGUCGGCGCUCAAGGACGAUUCGGGGGUGAGUGACCACGAGGAUUCGGCGGGUUCGAAGUCCGGCAAUUCGGAGGAUCUCUCCCUCAACCGCCACCGUGCCCUCAGCUCCUCCACCGAAUCGCUGAACGUUGUGAGUCCGGCGCCCAGCAGCUGCACCAAUUCCGUUUCCACAGCGCCUCCAAACUCCUCGACGAGCGGCUAUGCGGGGGGAGCGGCCUCCUCGGAGGGCGGAGCCACCACCUCCGGCAGCUCCGGCAGUCCACACAUCGAAAUGGGCUCCCCUUCUCCCCAGCAGCAGCAACAGGUGCCGCUCUAUUUGGGCGGUGGUGCCCCCAGUUAUCAUCCCCUCAUGGACGCCGCCAAUGCCGCUGGCGCAGGAGCAGCGGCCUCCAGCAAGGACUUUCACCUGAUCAUGAACACAGCCGUGGCGGCAGCAGCAGCAGCUGCCCAGCAGCAGCAACAACAACAACAACAACAGCAGCAACAACAACCUGGCAUGCACGCCCACAAUUUGGCCGCCGCCCUCAUGGAACACGAUCCGGAUACCUUCAGGAAUAACUCAAUCGCCUGUUUGAGGGCCAAGGCGCAGGAGCACCAGGCGCGUCUUUUGAACAACGGAGGACUUUUCCUGCAAGUACGACGAUUUGCCCAGGGCCAAGCUCCGAUGCAAGUCCAGGACCCAAGUGAUAUCUUCAAGCUCAGCGAGGAGCACAACAACAACAACAUCCCCAUCCCCCAGCAGCACAUUUCCCCCGCCCAUCCAACGAAUCCAAAUCCGCAAUCCAAUGUCAAAAUGGAGCUAACGGCCAACGGUACGAUGAAAAACUGUGAGGAGGUCUAACAAAAGCUCCGAGAUGAAUUCAUUUUUUAACCCAAAAUGCACCCAAAACCAAACCAAAAACAAGAAAACCUUUUUUUUACUAGACCCUAAGAACCAUUACUCUUGGCACUACCACAUAAGAUCUGUAAUCGAAUAGCUUGUAAACAGUGGC